CCGCCGGCGCGCCCAGGGUGGCGCGGGAGCACGCCGCGGGGAGCGCCCGCGCCGGGCGCUGGAGUCGCGCAGGACUCAAGUUUGUCUUUCCAACUGCCUACUAGAUGUCAUCACCUGGAUGGCCCACAGGAGCCAAUGGCCACCAGUGAUUUUACCCACCAGUGGCCAAUAACCAAGUUGCAAAUAUGAAGCAUUGACUUAACACCAAGGUAAAAAUGGACAUUUCCCUGGAAACGAAUUUUUCAAAUUGAAACUAAUUGCAGAGUUUCCAGUUGACCAGCAUUCUUAGGGAAAAUCAGCAAGACUAUCACCUACAGUAACAUGAAACAGAAAAUAAGCCUGAUGACCCAGUGGAUCUAGCUUAGGAGAUUUUCCAGCAGAGUAUCAGAAGCACCAAUUGACACUCUUUUUUAACCACCUAUGAUCAAAGAAUUGCAAAGAAGAGAUGAAUUAAAGAAGAAACUGUUCAGAUUUUAAACAGACUCUAGAGAAAAUAUUUCCAUUCCAGAAUUUUCUAGGGUCAUAAAUAAAACUGUUUCUCAUCCCUAGCUCUCCUAUGCAGCAAAAGGUACUCAAAGAAAGAAAUGGCCUCAGCUCCAAAGAUCAGAGCCGAGCACUACUGCCAGUAAAACUUGGUCGAGGUGAAAAUAAACAAAGGCACAGCGAAUGAAGACAAACACAGAGAUGGUGUGUCUAAGAAAUUUCAAAAGGUGUAGACCUCCUGACUGAAGCGUAGCUGAUUUGUUUGAUUCAUUUUUUUUUCAUUAUAGUUUGUACUCCUACAAGGGAAAGUCAUGAUUACACUAACAGAGCUAAAAUGCUUAGCAGAUGCCCAGUCAUCUUAUCACAUCUUAAAACCAUGGUGGGACGUCUUCUGGUAUUAUAUCACCCUGAUCAUGCUGCUGGUGGCCGUGCUGGCCGGAGCUCUCCAGCUGACCCAGAGCAGGGUUCUGUGCUGUCUUCCAUGCAAAGUGGAAUUUGACAAUCACUGUGCUGUGCCUUGGGACAUCCUGAAAGCCAGCAUGAAUGCAUCCUCUAAUCCUGAUACGUCAUUUCCGCUCCCCCUCCGAAUCCAGAACGACCUUCACCGCCAGCAAUACUCCUACAUCGAUGCUGUCUGCUACGAGAAACAGCUCCAUUGGUUUGCAAAGUUUUUCCCCUACCUGGUGCUCUUGCACACACUCAUCUUUGCAGCCUGCAGCAACUUUUGGCUUCACUACCCCAGUACCAGUUCCAGGCUCGAGCAUUUUGUGGCCAUCCUUCACAAGUGCUUCGAUUCUCCAUGGACCACGCGUGCCCUGUCAGAAACAGUGGCCGAGCAGUCGGUGAGGCCCCUGAAACUCUCCAAGUCCAAGAUUUUGCUUUCAGCCUCAGGGUGUUCAGCUGAUGUUGAUCCCAGCAAGCAGUCAUUGCCAUACCCGCAGCCGGGCUUGGAGUCAGCCAGCAUAGAAAGCCCAACUUCCAGUGUCCUGGACAAGAAGGAGGGCGAACAGGCCAAAGCCAUCUUUGAAAAGGUGAAACGAUUCCGCCUCCACGUGGAGCAGAAAGACAUCAUUUAUCGGGUGUAUCUGAAGCAGAUCAUUGUCAAAGUCAUUUUGUUUGUCCUCAUCAUAACUUAUGUUCCCUAUUUUUUAACCUACAUCUCUCUUGAAAUCGACUGUUCCAUUGACGUGCAGGCUUUUACAGGCUAUAAGCGCUACCAGUGCGUCUACUCCCUGGCAGAAAUAUUUAAGGUCCUGGCAUCAUUUUAUGUUAUUUUGGUUAUACUCUAUGGUCUCACCUCCUCCUAUAGCUUGUGGUGGAUGCUGAGGAGUUCCCUGAAGCAAUAUUCCUUUGAGGCAUUAAGAGAAAAAAGUAAUUACAGUGACAUCCCUGACGUCAAGAAUGACUUUGCUUUCAUCCUUCACCUGGCCGACCAGUACGACCCCCUGUAUUCCAAGCGCUUCUCCAUAUUCCUGUCGGAGGUCAGUGAGAACAAACUGAAACAGAUCAACCUCAAUAACGAGUGGACAGUUGAGAAACUGAAAAGUAAGCUUGUGAAAAAUUCCCAGGACAAGAUAGAACUGCACCUUUUUAUGCUCAGCGGGCUUCCGGACAACGUCUUUGAGUUAACGGAAAUGGAAGUGCUGAGCCUGGAGCUCAUCCCUGAGGUGAAGCUGCCCUCUGCGGUCUCGCAGCUGGUCAACCUCAGGGAGCUGCGAGUGUACCAUUCGUCCCUGGUGGUGGACCAUCCCGCACUGGCCUUCCUGGAGGAGAACUUAAAAAUCCUCCGCCUGAAAUUUACUGAAAUGGGAAAAAUCCCACGCUGGGUAUUUCACCUGAAGAACCUCAAGGAACUUUAUCUAUCAGGCUGUGUCCUACCUGAGCAGUUGAGUACCAUGCAGUUGGAGGGCUUUCAGGACUUAAAAAACCUGAGGACCCUCUACUUGAAGAGCAGCCUGUCCCGGAUCCCGCAAGUCAUUACAGACCUCCUGCCUUCACUGCAGAAGUUGUCCCUUGAUAACGAGGGGAGCAAGCUAGUUGUGUUGAACAACUUGAAAAAGAUGGUCAAUCUGAAAAGCCUAGAACUGGUCAGCUGUGACCUGGAGCGCAUCCCACACUCUAUUUUCAGCCUCAACAAUUUGCAUGAGUUAGAUCUAAAAGAAAAUAACCUUAAAACUGUGGAAGAGAUCAUUAGCUUUCAGCAUCUUCAAAAUUUGUCCUGCUUAAAGUUAUGGCACAAUAACAUUGCUUAUAUUCCUGCACAGAUUGGGGCAUUAUCCAACCUAGAGCAGCUCUUUUUGGACCAUAAUAAUAUAGAGAAUCUGCCCUUACAGCUUUUCCUAUGCACCAAACUCCAUUAUUUGGAUCUAAGCUAUAACCACCUGACCUUCAUUCCAGAAGAAAUCCAAUAUCUGGGUAAUCUGCAGUACUUUGCUGUGACCAACAACAACAUUGAGGUGUUACCAGAUGGGCUAUUUCAGUGCAAAAAGCUGCAGUGUUUACUCUUGGGGAAAAAUAGCUUGAUGAAUUUGUCUCCUCACGUGGGUGAGCUGUCGAACCUUACUCAUCUGGAGCUCAUUGGUAAUUACCUGGAAACACUUCCUCCUGAACUAGAAGGGUGUCAGUCCCUGAAGCGAAGCUGUCUGAUUGUCGAGGAGAAUUUGCUCAAUACUCUUCCUCCCCCUGUGACAGAACGUUUGCAGACGUGCUUAGACAAAUGCUGACCAGAAGAAAAGAGACCCAUGUCUCAAAAUCAUUUUUAAAAGUAUGUUCCAGGGCUUUAAAUGAGAAGUAAAAUUUUCUAACUUAAUGAGAUGAGAAAUAAGUGAUGAUUAUGAUGAACUAUAAUUAAAUGUCUUAUUAAAGCAACUCCGUGUCUAGUCCUAAAUCCAACAGGUAAAAAAUGUUAACACUAACCUAAAGUUUUGUGAAUAAUUGGUCUUUAAUUUAUUGAGAUGUCAUAAGAAGUAGACAUUGGAAGUGGAAAGGAGGUUAUGAAAUUACUGAAUCCCUAUGUUGCAAUUUUUACCUUGAAGACUCCUCUCCCUCCCCCAGUCUCCAUUACUUAUUUGCACACUUGUUUGAACUGACUUCCUGUUUUGAUAUUUAUCACCAAGGCCAUAAGCUCAUCAAUAUAAAUUUUCUUGUACUCACCACUGUCUUUGAUUUAUGUUCUUAAAUUUUUUUAAACAGGGUGUAUUGUGCUUGGCAGAAUUCCUAUUUUGGCUUAAUUUUUACUUCCUUUCCCAGCUUGCUUGAGUUUUCCUUAAUCUGAUUGCCUCUUAACAAUGAUGAACCCUGAGAAGAUGUCUGCCUUUGGCGUUUGCCUAGAGUAGGAGCAGGGCACUUAAGACCUGUUAGGGGCAUCCUGAAAAUUAAUGUCUUAUGUAAGAUUUCUUGUCUGUCAUCAGAGCCUUUUUUUAUUAAUAAUUUUUACAGUAAAUGUAAAACAUAAAUAUAUUCUAUUGUAUAAAUCUUGGAUUCAACAUCUGUGAGAAUAAUUUUUCGUGAGGUACAUAGAACAUGUGCAUUUCUUUAAGAACUUCCUGUUAGUGUACUUGGUUUUGGCUAUUUAUGAUCCUCAUGUUUGUGUACAUUCUGCUCCAAAAUGUUUCUGUGCUCUGCAGCUAAUUACUGUUGGAUAACAAAAGCCUUGUGCUUAAUGCCUUCAAGUAUUUGGGGGUUUCUUUGUGAGAGGGUGGCCAAGUCAUCUACAUCUCUCUUCCCUAGUCGCUGUGCAAUUGUACGGGUACAAUUCUUCAUUACUUACAAAAACUGUGAUGGAGGGGAGAGGUACAAACUUGUUUUUUAAGUUGAUUUUAAAAUACUUUGUAGAAAUUUAGCAUGAGUUAAAGCAAAAUGCUUUUUUUCUCCAUCUGCAUAAUCUGUAGCUAUGAUUAGAAUGUAAAACCCUCAGCCUCUAUUCAGUGUCUAAGAUAAGUUCUCAAAGCUCACAAAGAACUAGAUCUAUUUAACUGAAAUUCAUCUCAUGCCUUUAUCUAACUCUUCUGGAAUAUAUAUUUGCUCCUUUUUAUAAAGUGCUUUGUGUUUGGCCUUUUAUUAUCAUGCAUAUUGUUAAAUGAAUAAAAUUGACUUGUUUGGGG